UGAAAUCACCCACCUCCGGAGGUGGGUGAUUUGGAAUUGGCGCGAAAUCACAAGAAACAGAAGAAAUACCACGCCCCGCGGCCUCCUCGGUGGUGCUCCAGAUACGACGCAGAGUGCCUCUACCAUGGCCAAGGGGAAGCCUCAACGAAGGGCUAAGGCCCAGACGCCCGUCCUUACCUCUAAGAAUGCUGAUGCAGAGACCAAGAGUACGACAAAGUCCACAACGACGGCCUGCAAGACGGCAAGCGACGGUUCCAACGUCCACCUCACUCUCGCCGACUACAGGGUUCUCGUUGACUGGCUAGAGGUGAAGCAGAACUUCGAAGCUCUGCAAGUUGUUUCCGGCAAGACGACGGUCGGUGGACCACCUAAGAUAACCAAGCGAGCUGCAUGUGCUGCCAUGGCAGCGUACCUCUUUGCUGAGACAACAAACAAGCGACUCACAAAGCAGCUGAAGCCGGAGCAGAUGCAGGGAAGAUGGCGAACAUACAUGUCGGACAAAUCCUUUAAAGCAAUCACCACUCGAACUGUGUAGAGAUCUAGUGUUCCGCGUCCAACGCCCCAUAUAAACUUGAUACGGCCUGUAGAAGCGCCAUUACCAUUCGUGCCCAACCUAUCAAGACCCACUGCAAGCUGAAGCCAA